AUGACCUUCUAGCUACCCACCCCCAUAGCCUUCUCUCUUUUAGCACCUUCUCUUUUACCAAAUUUCCCCCCUCCCUUUAUAUAGCAAUAAUUAAAGCUUAUAAGGCCUAAUUAAUUACAUAUAAGCUUCAUUUCAAUAGUAAAUUAAGCUAGUUAAUUGAUACAAAACAAAAAAUCAAAUAAAUCAUAAUGGAGGAAGAAAAAAUAAGAAAUGAAAGGAAGAAAAGAAACUCAUUAGGGAUAAUCUUAAGAUAUGCAGAUUGGAUUGAUUAUCUCCUAAUGAUUUCAGGUGCCUUUGGUGCAUUAGGUGAUGGAAUGUCAACAAACAUUCUCUUAAUCUUUGCUAGUAAGAUUAUGAAUAGUUUAGGCUUUGGUCAAAAUACCCAAGGGGCUAAUACUAACACCUUCAUGUCUGAGGUUGAAAAGUGUAGUUUAUACUUUGUCUACUUGGGACUAGCAAUUAUGGUGGUGGCUUUCUUGGAGGGAUAUUGUUGGAGCAAAACAAGUGAACGACAAGUGUUGAGAAUUCGAUACAAGUACUUGGAAGCCAUACUUCGGCAAGAAGUUGGCUUCUUUGAUUCACAAGAGGCUACUACUUCCGAGGUCGUGAAUAGUAUAUCUAAAGAUACUUCACUUAUUCAAGAGGCUUUAAGUGAGAAGGUGCCAAUAUUCUUGAUGCACUCAUCAUCAUUCUUAUCAGGAAUGGCAUUCUCAGCUUACUUUUCAUGGAGGUUAGCGAUAGUAGCCUUUCCAACAGUGAUACUCUUACUAAUACCAGGAAUGAUAUAUGGUAAAUACCUUCUUUUUCUUACUAAAAAGUCUUACAAAGAAUACAGCAAAGCCAACACCAUUAUAGGAGAAGCUUUAAGCUCCAUUAAAACAGUGUAUUCCUUCACUGCUGAAAAGAACAUUCUAGAAAAAUACUCUUCCAUUUUGGAAACAACUAUGAAGCUUGGAGUUAAGCAAGGGAUUGCAAAAGGAAUGGCAGUUGGAAGUACAGGACUUGCUUUUGCGAUUUGGGCAUUUCUUGCUUGGUAUGGAAGUCGAUUGGUGAUGUACCAUGGAGAAACUGGUGGCAGAAUCUAUGCUUCUAGUGUUACAUUCAUCAUGGGAGGACUAUCACUGGGAAGUGCACUACCAGAAAUGAGGCAUUUUACAGAAGCUUCUGUAGCAGCAUCUAGAAUAUUCGAGAGGAUAGACAGAACUCCACAAAUUGAUGAAGCUGAAAAAGGUUUAAUUCUAGACACCAUUAAAGGGGAGAUACAAUUUGAGCAUGUAAACUUCACCUACCCGUCUCGUCCUGAUACCCUAAUCCUGAAGGACUUUGACCUUAAAGUUGAAGCAGGGAAGACUGUUGCCCUUGUGGGAGCAAGUGGGAGCGGAAAAUCUACUGCAAUCGCGCUACUUCAGAGAUUUUAUGAUUCGAACGAGGGUUUUGUUAAGAUUGAUGGUAUUGAUAUAACAAGUUUGAAGUUAAAAUGGAUUAGGGGACAAAUGGGACUUGUUAGCCAAGAUCAUGCCAUGUUCGGUACAUCGAUUAAGGAGAAUAUCAUGUUUGGAAAACUUGAUGCUACUAUGGAUGAAGUUAUUGGUGCUGCUCAAGCUGCUAAUGCACAUAAUUUCAUUAGACAACUUCCUGAUGGUUAUGAAACAAAGAUUGGUGAACGAGGUGCACUAUUGUCAGGCGGUCAAAAGCAAAGAAUCGCGAUAGCAAGAGCAAUUAUUAAGAACCCUGUGAUUCUUCUACUAGAUGAAGCUACAAGUGCACUAGAUUCUGAAUCGGAAAAAUUAGUUCAAAACGCCCUUGAUCAAGCUUCUCUUGGGAGAACUACUCUGGUAGUUGCACACAAGCUGUCCACAGUGAAAAAUGCAGACAUGAUUGCAGUUAUCAACGAUGGCCAAAUCAUGGAGACAGGAUCACACACAGACCUUAUUAACAAAAAUGGUGGCCAUUAUGCGAAGUUAACGAAAAUGCAGAAACAACUUAGCUACAAUGAGAUGGACCAUAGUUAUGAACCUGGUGUUACUUCAUCAGUUCCUAGAAGUGCAGGAAGAUUGAGCACUGCGAGAUCAAGUCCGGCUGUUUUUAAUACUCCAUUACCUGAAUUUGAAGACCCAAAAUCAUCAACGAUUUCCCACCCUGCACCUUCAUUUUUGCGCCUUCUUUCCCUUAAUUCACCCGAGUGGAAACAAGGCUUGAUUGGAAGUUUCUCUGCGAUAAUAUUUGGUGCUGUUCAACCUACUUAUGCCUUGACAAUAGGGUCGAUGAUAUCUGCCUUCUUUGUAAUGGAUCAUGAAGAAAUGAAGUUAAGAAUUAGAAAAUAUUGCCUCAUUUUCUCAUUUCUUUCGUUUGUUUCCAUCCUUUUCAACCUUAUUCAACACUCGAGUUUUGCCUACAUGGGUGAGCGACUUACCAAGAGAAUCCGACUGAAAAUGCUUGAAAAGAUCCUGAGUUUUGAGACAGCUUGGUUCGAUGAAGAGGAGAAUUCUAGUGGAGCCCUUUGCUCGAGGCUAAGCAAUGAGGCUGCAAUGGUGAAAUCCCUGGUUGCAGACAGAGUUUCCCUGCUUGUUCAGACCAUGGCAGCAGUAACCAUCGCCAUGAUUAUGGGGUUGAUCACAGCAUGGAAACUUGCUCUUGUAAUGAUCGCGGUUCAACCCAUCACCAUCCUCUGCUUCUACACAAGAAAAGUUCUUCUUUCUAGUAUAACAAACAACUUUGUUAAGGCUCAAAAUCUAAGCACCCAAAUAGCAGUUGAGGCAGUUUAUAAUCAUAGGAUCGUGGCUUCUUAUGGGAGUAUAGGAAAAGUUCUCGAAAUAUUCAAUGAGGCGCAAAAUGAACCUAGGAAGGAGGGGAGAAAGAAAUCGUGGCUAGCAGGGAUUGGUAUGGGUUCUGCUCAAGGACUCACAUUUAUGUGUUGGGCUUUGGAUUUCUGGUAUGGUGGCAGGUUAGUCGAAAUGAAAGAGAUCUCUGCAGGAGAUGUUUUUAAGACUUUCUUUGUGCUGGUGAGUACUGGUAAGGUUAUUGCUGAAGCUGGGAGCAUGACUUCUGAUCUUGCCAAGGGUUCUGCUGCUGUCGCUUCUGUUUUUCAUAUUCUCGAUAGGUGUUCCCUGAUUCCCACGCCAUCAGCUUCUAUGGAAAAUAAAGGCAGCCCACCAGGGACAAAACUAGAGAGUAUUACAGGAAGAAUAGAGCUAAGGAAGGUUGACUUUGCCUACCCGACUAGACCAGAGAGCCCGAUCCUACGACAAUUCAGCCUAGAAGUGAAGGCAGCCACAAGUGUAGGACUAGUAGGGAAGAGUGGAUGUGGAAAGUCAACAGUAAUAGCUUUAAUUCAAAGGUUUUAUGAUGUUGAUAGAGGAGCAGUAAAGGUAGAUGGAUUGGACAUAAGAGAGCUUGAUGUAGCUUGGUAUAGAAACCAUAUGGCACUUGUUAGCCAAGAUCCUGUUAUCUAUUCAGGCUCAAUUAGGGAUAAUAUUCUCCUUGGCAGGGUUGAUGCAACUGAGAAUGAAGUCAUUGAGGCUUCUAGAGCUGCUAAUGCUCAUGAAUUCAUUUGUUCUCUCAAAGAAGGGUAUCAAACAGAAUGUGGGGAGAGAGGAUUACAACUAUCAGGAGGUCAGAAGCAGAGAUUAGCAAUAGCAAGAGCCAUACUAAGGAAUCCAACAGUUUUGUUACUUGAUGAAGCUACAAGUGCAUUGGACUUGCAAUCUGAAAAGAUGGUACAAGAAGCCUUGGAUCGAGUCAUGGUGGGUCGAACAACCAUUGUGGUGGCCCACCACCUUAACACCAUCAAAAACCUCGACUGCAUUGCCUUUGUGGAGGAUGGUAAGGUGGUGGAGCAAGGAACAUACACCCAACUCAAGCACAAACGCGGUGCUUUCUUCAACCUUGCUAGUCUCCAAACCUUGACUUAAAAAAUGUAUCCUCUUGGGAGAGGGGAGAAUGGAAACUAACUAGAUCAGGGCAGUAACAAUUAGUAAUAUUGAAAUAUUGAAUCAACUGUUUUGCCU